AUGAUCUCUCUAGCAAGACACUCGGCGAAGUUGGUGUCGAGGCUCUCCUCUGUGGAGGCUCGCCCUUCGCUAUUGCUGAGCAAAAGAACACUGACUCAUACCUCGAGACUGCUGCAGGAAAAGCCCAAGACCCCCCAAUCUAUCUUAACGGAAGAGCUGCUGGCCAAAGCUGGGGUUGAAGUGGAAAAUAAGGCCGAACAACCAAAGGAGGGAGAGUCCCGGUCUGCAGAAGGCCAAGGCAGCAGCGGUGGCAGCAGCAAGAGGAGAAGAAAGAGACAGACGUCGACGGAUAUUAAGAGAGAAAGAUAUGCGAACUGGUUUUACAUCCUUUCGUUGUCGGGGCUUACUGGUGCAGCGCUAUACAUGGGCAGAGAUUGGGAAGAAAACGAGUCAGAUGAGUUAAAGAAGGGCAUCGAGAACGGCUACACUCCCGGGUUGAUGUUUUCGAGGUUCAGAGCUCGUUUCAAUUCGAUGUUUAACUACUUCAAGGAACCGCCUUUCGAAGAUCUUCUGCCACCGCCCCCACCGGCGCCAUACCAGAGACCGCUGACGUUGGUCCUAACGCUGGAAGACUUGCUUGUUCACUCGGAGUGGUCGCAGAAGUACGGCUGGAGAACGGCAAAGAGACCCGGGUGUGACUAUUUCCUCGGCUACCUUUCGCAAUACUACGAGAUCGUGCUGUUCUCUUCGAACUAUAUGAUGUAUGCUGAGAAGAUCGCUGAAAAACUAGAUCCAAUCCACGCGUUUAUCUCUUACAACCUGUUCAAGGAGCACUGUGUCUAUAAGGACGGGGUUCACGUCAAGGAUCUGUCAAAGCUGAACCGGGACCUGGGCAAAGUUGUCGUCAUCGACACAGACCCGAACAGCUACAAGCUGCAGCCAGAGAACGCAAUCCCCAUGGAGCCCUGGAACGGCGAGGCCGAUGACAGGCUUCUAAGGCUAAUACCAUUCCUGGAGUACCUUGCCACGCAGCAGGUCAACGACGUCAGGCCCAUCUUGAACAGCUUCAACGACAAGAAGGAGAUACCAGCUGAGUUCGAUGGCCGCGUUCACAAGCUCAAGGAGAAGUUUUACAACGAACAGAAGACGAAGACUCAAGGCAACUGGGCUCUCAAACUGCUCGGCGUAGCCAACGCUAUGGGUUCAGGGCAGGCGAAGUUUCCGCUGGACUUGAUUCGCGAGGAAGGUGAGAAGAACUACGUACGCUUCAUGCAGCUGAUCGAAGAAGAGAAGGAAAAGAUCAGAAUACAGCAGGAACAGCUCGGUGGUCAGACUUUCACGCUCAAGGACUACGUGGAGGGAAAUAUUCCUUCUCCAGAGGAACAAAUGAAGAUGCAAAUGGAGAAGCAACAAGAAAUCGAUGCCAUCUACGAGAAGAAGAAGCAGGAAAAACUACAGCAUCAGCAGCAGCAGCCUCAAAAGCCCUAG